GCAGAGGAAUUACUCUAAAAAGCGAUGGAUUCCUUCCUUUUUCACUCCCCGAAUUCAAGUUGUUCACCGGAAUCUUCGUUCGGGUCGCAGGAAUUUUUCCCGAUAGAUCACAAUUCUCUUCCUUUCAACGAAAAUGACUCCGAAGAGAUGCUGUUGUAUGGGCUACUAGCUGAGGUUAAACAAGAAACACCAGAGGUUAGUUCAAUGGAGACCGAAAUCCCGACGAAAGAAAAGGUGUACCGAGGCGUGAGACGGCGGCCUUGGGGGAAGUUCGCUGCGGAGAUAAGGGAUUCAACCAGAAACGGGAUAAGGGUUUGGCUCGGAACAUUCGACAGUGCGGAAGCAGCAGCUAUGGCUUACGAUCAGGCGGCGUUUGCGAUGAGAGGCUCCGCGGCGAUACUCAACUUUCCGGUGGAGAAAGUGAGGGAAUCGCUGAGGGAAAUGAAGUGUGGCCAAGAUGAAGGGUGUUCGCCGGUUGUGGCGUUGAAGAGAAAAUACUCGAUGAAGAGGAAAAUGAUGGGAGGAAACAAGAAAGAAAGAAAUGGUGGUGGUGGCAGCAUCGGCGUCGGCGGUGUGAGGAUAAGCAAUGCGGUGGUGUUUGAGGAUUUAGGUGCUGAUUUUUUGGAGCAACUCCUCACUACUUCGGUUCAAGCUGCUACACCUUGGUGAAUGGCGAAUCAAAUAUAUUAUCAAUUGUAGUUUUAGUCAUUUAUUUUUCUUUUAUUUUAGUCUU